AUUCCGCUCCGAGAAAUGGCAGAAACCGCUCCAGCAGCCGCCGCUCCGCCGGCCAAAGCGCCCAAGAAGAAGUCCGCCACCAAAGCCAAGAAAGCAGGCCCCGGCGUCAGUGAUCUGAUCGUCAAAGCCGUGUCCGCGUCCAAGGAGAGGAGCGGCGUGUCCCUCGCCGCCCUGAAGAAAGCUCUCGCCGCCGGCGGCUACGACGUGGAGAAGAACAACUCCCGCGUCAAGCUCGCCCUCAAGAGCCUGGUGACUAAAGGCGCCCUGCUGCAGGUCAAAGGGACCGGCGCCUCCGGCUCCUUCAAGAUCAGCAAGAAGCAGACCGAGACCAAGAAGAAAGCGGCUCCUAAAGCCAAGAAGCCCGCGACCAAGAAACCCGCUGCUGCCAAGAAGCCCAAGAGCGCAGCUGCAAAGAAGCCCGCCGCUAAGAAAUCCCCCAUGUAA